AUGGAGCCUGAAGAGUCGUUGUCCGGUGCGUCGCCGCACGGAUCCCCCGAUAGCGAAUCUCCAGCGAGUCCACGCGACGGCGGAUCCCAGCACACGCGGGAAACUCCCAAGACCAAAGAUCACCCUGUGCAAAGUUCCUGGAUCGAGAGCGGAGCAGUCGAGCUGUAUUGCCAGGCUCUGCUAAGCCGAGCCCAUUUCCUGUUUUUCAACUCAAUACCCGAAGAUGUUGAUUUUCGAAUGGACCUCUUCCUCCAAGGCAAAGAGGCACUCGAGGAAGCCGAAGCGUCAUGCCAGUCGAAUCGAUACUCGGUGAGCGACCAAUUGAUGGCGAAGUGCUGGUACAUAAGGGGCUUCCUGGCCGAUGUCAGCGGCAACAGGCCCAGCGCCGCGGCUUGCUUCGAGCACGCCACGAGGCUUGAUGGCCAGAUGUACGCGAAUCUCAAGCGCGUGAGAUGGUACCGACAAUGGCAGGAGGACGCUCAGGAGCUCGGCGACAUGUGGAGUAAAUUCAGCGACCUCGAUCGCUUCAGCGAGCGUAGCCAGCAGCCUCUCCACCACGGCCUGGGGGAGGUGGAAUCGAACGAGGGACUGACGAGGGUGGGAACAUCAAAUUCGCAUGAGACGCGGCACAGCGUGCUGUUCAACUUCCUCAAACGCGACAUCACGAACAGACCGCGGCCCCAGGACAGUCGGUCGAGGGAAUACCCAGUAACGCCGCCACCGCAGGCCACCACGCCCACCAGUUCGCUCACUCACUCGCCGCCGAUCGUGACGCCGCCUCAUGCCCGAGGAUUCGGGGCCGUCGACUUAUUCAUGAAACAGCUGAUAGAGGAGCCUAGCAGGGCGAAACGACGGGCGUCCGAAGAGACCCACAAGCUCUUGAUGCAACAUGUCAAUUCGCCGGAGAAGGACGCCUCCCUGCUCGCCGCCGCCAGGGAAAACAGGCGGAGAGCGAUACAGGAAGCGGCAGAACGGGAACAGAUACAGCGGCUGAGAGAACAACUUGAGCUGAGGAGGGAGUCGACGGCCAAGAAGAAGAACAUCAGACGUCCGUCGCGCCAAGUGGCCGAUGAAGCUGUUCUCCUGUCAGACACACCCGGCAUUGGAGAGCUGGAUUGUACGCGGUUCACCGCUGGGACGAUUCAUCGGAGCGCCGUCUCACCCAUUUCGCCCGUCUCGCCUACAGAUGCCUUGAGGAUCAACACUCAUGGAAUCAGAAGGUUGUCAACAACGCCUGCUUCGCCUUCCCCGGGUCCGUCGAGUCCACUGAGAAAGUCCGCCCUUCCUAUCGAGGUAGAGGAGGUGGGCGGAUACGAGUUUUCAAAUUGA